AUGGUGGAAGUCUAUUCUUAUGCUGAUUCUGGCGACGUUGCCAAUGCGGUUGCCCGUUACAUCGUGAAAGUACAAGAUGCUACGUUGAGUACAAAGUCCCAUUUCGAUGUGGCCAUCUCUGGAGGAUCAUUGGGGAAAGUUUUGAAGAAGGGGCUCAUUGAAGAUUCCUCUAUCCUUCAAAAGGUCAAAUGGGACAAAUGGCGAGUUUUCUUCUCGGACGAGAGAUUGGUACCAUUGGAACACGAGGACUCAAAUUACGGGUUGUUCAACGAGAUGGUGUUGAAGGAACUUGCCCACCAGGGUCUUGCUGGUCCGACCGUUUUCACGAUAAACGAAUCUUUAUUGCACGAGACAGAUACUACUACAGAUUCUCAGAUUGCGAAAGAAUAUGCAUCAUUUUUGCCUGAGUCUCUAGAUUUGAUCCUUUUGGGUGCAGGUCCUGAUGGGCACACAUGUUCUCUUUUCCCAGAGCAUGAGCUUCUAAAGGAGGAAUCCGUCACUGUCGCUGCAAUUUCAGACUCUCCUAAGCCACCACCAAGACGUAUCACAUUCACCUUCCCAGUGUUGAGAAAUGCUAAGCAAAUUGCUUUUGUUGCUGAAGGUUCUGGUAAGGCACCAGUCUUGAAACAGAUUUUUGCAUCUUCAAAGAGUGGAUUACCAUGUGAACUUGUGAAUGAACUUUCCGUUCCAGUGGAUUGGUUCGUCAACGAUGCUGCCAUUGAAGGUGUUCCAGUGAACGCUUCAAAGUAUUAG